AUGUCGCAUCUUCUCACAGUCGCGACCUGUAAUUUGAACCAAUGGGCGCUCGAUUUCGAGGGAAAUAGAGACCGUAUUCUGGAAUCCAUCAAGUUGGCUAAAGCCAAGGGUGCAAGGUUGAGAGUUGGUCCAGAACUAGAAAUAACGGGUUAUGGGUGUCUUGACCACUUUCUGGAAAACGAUGUGUAUCUGCAUGCGUGGGAAAUGUACGCUCAGAUCCUUAGAACGCCAGAAACGCACGACAUCUUGUUGGACAUCGGGAUGCCCGUUUUGCAUAAAAAUGUGCGCUACAAUUGUCGACUAUUGUCAUUGAAUGGACGUAUCUUGUUCAUCAGACCUAAAAUGUGGCUGGCCAACGACGGAAAUUAUCGGGAAAUGCGGUUUUUCACACCUUGGAUGAAAACUUGUAAAGUAGAGCAGUUUCUGCUCCCACCAUUGAUCCAAAAGAUCACAGGCCAGAAAUUCGUGGAGUUUGGUGAUGCCGUGAUUCGUACACUGGAUACGUGUAUUGGUGCAGAGACGUGCGAGGAGCUUUUCACACCGCAAUCGCCUCACAUUGCCAUGUCAUUGGACGGUGUGGAAAUCAUCACUAAUUCGUCAGGUUCUCAUCAUGAGCUGCGAAAGCUCAACCGCAGACUUGACCUCAUUACAAGUGCUACUAGGCGUUGUGGAGGUGUAUACGUUUACGCCAACCAACGCGGGUGUGACGGUGACCGUUUGUAUUACGAUGGAUGUGCCUUAAUCGCAGUAAACGGAAACGUUGUGGCCCAGGGAAGUCAGUUUUGUCUAAAGGACGUCGAGGUUAUCACUGCAACCGUGGACUUGGAAGAAGUGCGUAAUUACAGAGCUUCCGUGAUGUCUCGUGGACUGCAAGCUUCCGUCAGCGACUUGAGAUAUGAAAGAAUUGACGUAGAUGAGGAACUUGCGCCAAUGACGAGCAGAUUUAAUCCGGAAGUUACCCCCUCAGCACGCAGACCCAUUUUUUAUCAUACCCCCGAAGAAGAAAUAGCCCUAGGGCCUGCCUGUUGGCUUUGGGAUUACUUGAGACGCUGCAACGGUACCGGCUUUUUCUUGCCACUUUCUGGAGGGAUAGACUCAUGCGCUACAGCGGUGAUCGUUCAUUCGAUGUGUCGAUUGGUGGUGAAGGAAUGCCAAGAGGGCAAUCAACAGGUAAUGGAAGAUGCCAGAAGACUUUGUCGUAAGGAUAGCGAUUGGAUACCGCAGACUCCACAAGAACUAGCAUCCUUGAUAUUUCACACCUGCUUUAUGGGUACCGAAAACUCUUCUAAAGAGACAAGAGCAAGAAGCCGCGAACUUGCGAAUGAGAUCUCAUCAUACCACGUUGACUUCAACAUGGACAGCUUGGUCAGCAGCGUCGUUAGUCUGUUCGAAGUGACAACGGGUAAAAAACCAAUUUUCAAAAUCUUUGGCGGAUCUCAGACAGAAAACCUAGCAUUGCAAAAUAUCCAGGCUCGUUUGCGUAUGGUUCUGGCCUACUUAUUUGCUCAGCUCUUGCCAUGGGUGCGUCGUAUCCCUAAUGGGGGCAGUCUUCUGGUCCUAGGCAGUGCCAAUGUCGAUGAAUGCUUGCGCGGGUAUUUGACAAAAUACGACUGCUCCUCAGCAGAUAUAAAUCCGAUCGGUGGUAUUUCGAAAACGGAUCUGAAAAGAUUUAUCGCUUACGCUGCGAAAACGUUCGAGAUGCCGAUUUUGGACAAGUUCUUGACGGCGACCCCAACUGCAGAACUAGAACCUAUCACAAAGGACUAUGUUCAGUCUGAUGAAAUUGACAUGGGAAUGACUUAUGAAGAACUCAGUAUUUUCGGGUACCUGAGGAAAGUUGAAAAAUGUGGGCCAUACUCCAUGUUUUUGAAAUUACUUCACGAAUGGAGUCCCAAAUUGACUCCAAGACAAGUAGCGGAAAAAGUGAAGAGGUUUUUCUUCUUUUAUGCUAUCAAUAGGCACAAGCAAACUGUUAUCACGCCCAGCUACCAUGCUGAGCAAUAUUCUCCUGAUGACAACCGCUUUGAUCUAAGACCAUUCUUGAUCAACCCUAGAUUUGCUUGGGCGUCCAAAAAAAUAGAUCGGAUUGUUGAUCAAUGCGACGGGAAAGAUAUUAGCGACUUGGAAGUCAUGUCCAUUGAUUAA